AUGGUAUUAAUGGAUUGGGUUGUCACACAGGCAAUCAUAAAUAACGACACUACUGGGUUUAGGAAAAUGGUUGAAGAGGAUGAACACGUGGUCGACAAAAGAAUGGAAAAUGCUACUGUGUUACACCUGGCUUCAAGACUCGGACAUGUGGAGAUGGUGUCACUCAUUUUGGAACUGAGACCACAAAUGGUGACCGAAGAGAAUAACAUCAACUCAGAGACGCCGAUCCACGAAGCGUGUCGUAUGGGCCAGUACAGUGUGGUCAGGCUGCUCAUGGAGGCCAACAAAUGGAUGGCGGCCAAACUCAAUUCUGAGAACCAGAGCGCCUUGUUUCUGGCCUGUGACUACGGGCAUCUUAACAUUGUCAAUUUCCUUUUGGAUCACACUUACACUUCCUUAUGGUUGUUGAACAUCUUUGACCAUGCAGCUUGUCUCUAUGCUGCUGCCUCAAGAGGCCAACCAGAUAUUGCUAAAAGGUUGCUAGAAAGAUGUCCGAAUCUUGCUAAUCAAAAAGAUAGAAAUGGAUCUUUAGCAUUGCAUGGUGCUUGUAGAAGCGGGCAACUGGAGAUUACAUCAAUGCUUCUAAGGAUGGAUUCUAAUUACCAAGCUUUUCAAUUUGAUAACAGCGGUUACACACCGUUGCAUGUAGCAGCUAUACAUGGGAAGCUAGCCAUCUUGGAAGAGUUUGCAUCCGUUGCUCCUUCCUCCUUCCAGACUCUCUCUAAACAUGGAGAAAAUUUGUUCCAUCUUACCAUAAGAUUCAAUCAGUUUGAUGCCUUCAAAUUUGUAGGUGGCGUCCUCAAGGGAGCAACAUACAUGUUUUAUCAACCCGAUAGAUUUGGUAACACCAUCCAACAUCUUGCUCAUAUUGGAGGUUUGAACCAGUUUUCAGAAUAUAUCAACCGGGAAUCAGAAGAGAAAAUCAAUCAUCAAAUUGUAGGGAAUCAUAGGGGCAUUCUAUAUCAAACUGAAUUGCCUACAACAUCCAUGAACCUACCUGAAAUUCACUUUGAAGCAACUAUUCUAGACAAUAAAAGACACGAGAUAAACAGAUAUACAAGUUUGGUCAGUCAAACUACCGAACAAGAAGAAAAACAUAUCAAAGCUCACAAGAAAAACCCAAAAAAACAGAACAUAAAAUUGCAACAAGAAGCACUACAAAAUGCAAGGAGAAGAAUUACAAUAGUUGCAAUCUUGAUAGCCAGUAUUGCAUUCACAAAUGGUCUGAACCCUCCCCGUGGUGUCUACCAAGGCAAUUCAGUUAUGGGCAAAAAACGAGCAUUCAAGAUCUUUGCAAUCAGCAAUCACAUUGCAUUCUUUGCAUCCUUAUGCAUUGUUGCAGUGUUAGUUGGUGUUAUUCGUUUUAGGAGAAAGCCAUUGAAGCUGAUAUUAGCAGCAGCUUAUAUGGUUACGUGGGUGGCAUUUUCAUUCAUGGUUGUAUCAUGUGUUGCAGCAAUUUGGUGACUCUAUCAGUGCCUAAUCAAAUACUGGAUUUUAGACGCUCUA